UCCGGCCCAGAGCCCCGAGCUCCCGCAUACGGUCGCGGCAGGGUCGACGGAGUGGGUCGCCGGGACGCAGGGGCAGCGAGGCCCCCGGGGGGGUGGAGCACUUGGGGGGUGGGGGUUGCGGUCCCGCCCCCAGCGCCGCAUCCCCGCGCUCCCGCUGUGGAGCUGGCCUCCGCGACCGUCACUCAGGGCGCCCGGCGAGUCCAGUGGUUAGGGAUGCUGUUGCUGCGGUCGCUGCCGCUGCUGCUUCUGCUGGGGGCGCCACGGAGCUUCACCGAGGGCGCGGCGACGGCACUUAUCCCCGACCCGGUCCUCGAGUGGCAGGAUAAAGGAAUAUUCAUUAUCCAGAGUGAGAGCCUCAAGAAAUGCAUUCAAGCAGGCAAAUCUUCACUGACCCUGGAGAACUGCAAACCAGCAAACAAGCACAUGCUGUGGAAGUGGGUUUCAAACCACCGCCUUUUUAACAUAGGAGGCAGUGGUUGCCUGGGUCUGAAUUUAUCGAAUCCAGAGCAGCUACUAAGCAUAUAUGAGUGUGAUUCCACUCACGUUUCCUUGAGAUGGCGCUGUAACAGGAACAUGAUCACCGGCCCUCUCCAGUACACGGUCCAGGUGAAUCACAACAACGUGCUUGUGGCCUCAUGGAAAUAUCUUCAUAAGUGGAUUUCCUACAUGUCAGGUGGUGGAAGCAUUUGUGAAUAUCUGCACAAAGAUUUGUAUACAAUCAAAGGGAAUGCCCAUGGAACACCGUGCAUGUUUCCCUUCCAGUAUAACCAUCAGUGGCAUCAUGAAUGCACCCGGGAAGGGCGGGAAGACAACUUACUGUGGUGUGCCACGACAAGCCGAUAUGAAAGAGAUGAGAAGUGGGGAUUUUGCCCAGAUCCCACAUCUGCAGAAGUGGGUUGUGAUGCUGUCUGGGAGAAGGAUCUCAAUUCACACAUUUGCUACCAAUUCAACCUGCUUUCCUCUCUUUCCUGGAGUGAAGCACAUUCUUCAUGCCAGAUGCAAGGAGGAGCUUUACUAAGUAUUGCAGAUGAGAACGAAGAAAACUUCAUAAGGAAGCACUUGGGCAGUGAAGCGGUGGAAAUGUGGAUAGGUCUGAAUCAACUGGAUGAAAAUGCUGGCUGGCAGUGGUCUGAUAGAACGCCACUCAACUAUCUGAACUGGAACCCAGAAAUAAGUUUUGAGCCAUUUGUUGAGUAUCAUUGUGGAACAUUGAAUUCAUUGAUGCCAAAUGCCUGGCAAAGUCGGGAUUGUGGGUCCACCUUGCCUUAUAUAUGUAAAAAGUAUCUAAACCACAGUGAUCAAGAAGUGACUGAAAAAGAUGCUUGGAAAUAUUACACUACCUACUGUGAGCCUGGCUGGAAUCCCCAUAAUCGUAACUGCUAUAAACUUCAGAAAGAAAAAAAGACCUGGAAGGAAGCUUUGCAUUCUUGCCAGUCUGACAACAGCACAUUAAUAAACAUUGCUUCAUUAGCACAGGUGGAGUUUCUUAUAACCCUCCUUGGAGAUGAAAAUGCAUCAGAAACAUGGAUUGGUUUGAGCAGCAAUAAAAUUCCAGUUUCCUUUGAAUGGUCCAAUGGCUCUUCAGUCACCUUUACUAAUUGGCAUGCACUUGAGCCCCAAAUUCUUCCAAAUAGAAGCCAACUAUGUGUCUCAGCAGAGCAAUCUGAGGGGCACUGGAAAGUUAAAAAUUGUGAAGAAACACUUUUUUACAUUUGUAAGAAAGCAGGUCAUGUCCUUUCUGACACUGAAUCAGGCUGUCAAAAGGGAUGGGAGAGACAUGGUAGAUUCUGUUACAAAAUUGACACUGUCCUUCGAAGCUUUGACCAUGCCUCCAGUGGUUAUUACUGUCCUCCUGCACUUGUAACCAUUACAAACAGGUUUGAACAGGCUUUUAUUACCAGUUUGAUCAGUAGUGUGGUAAAAACGAAGGGCAGUUAUUUUUGGAUAGCUCUUCAAGAUCAAAAUGGCACAGGAGAAUACACUUGGAAGACAGCAGAGGGUCAGAAGUCUGAGCCGGUGCAGUACACACACUGGAAUGCAUAUCAGCCUCGCUACAGUGGUGGCUGUGUUGUCAUGCGAGGAAGGAAUCCACCUGGUCGCUGGGAAGUGAAGGACUGCAGACAAUUUAAGGCAAUGUCCCUGUGUAAGCAACCAGUGGGAAAUCAGGAGAAAACGGAGCAGGAAGAGAGAUGGCCCUUUCACCCCUGCUACUUGGACUGGGAAUCAGAGCCUGGCUUGGCGAGCUGCUUCAAGGUAUUUCAUAGUGAAAAAGUCCUGAUGAAAAGAACAUGGAGAGAAGCAGAAGCAUUUUGUGAAGAAUUUGGAGCUCAUCUUGCAAGCUUUGCCCAUAUUGAGGAAGAGAAUUUUGUGAAUGAGCUUUUGCAUUCAAAAUUCAAUAGGACAGAAGAAAGGCAGUUCUGGAUUGGAUUUAAUAAAAGAAACCCACUGAAUGCUGGCUCCUGGGAGUGGUCUGAUGGGACUCCUGUUGUCUCUUCAUUUUUAGACAAUACUUAUUUUGGAGAAGAUGCAAGAAAUUGUGCUAUUUAUAAAGCAAAUAAAACAUUGCUGCCCUUGCACUGUGGUUCCAAACGUGAAUGGAUAUGCAAGAUUCCAAGAGAUGUGAGACCCAAGAUUCCACCCUGGUACCAGUACGAUGCACCCUGGCUCUUUUAUCAGGAUGCAGAGUAUCUUUUUCAUACCUAUGCUGCAGAAUGGUCCUCCUUUGAGUUUGUCUGUGGCUGGCUACGUGGUGAUCUUCUCACAAUUCAUUCUGCACAUGAGCAAGAAUUUAUCCUCAGCAAAAUAAGAGCGCUAUCAAAGUAUGGUGUAAAUUGGUGGAUUGGACUUCAAGAAGAAAGAGCCAAUGAUGAAUUUCGCUGGAGAGAUGGAACGCCAGUAACAUACCAAAACUGGGACAAGGGAAGAGAAGGAUCUAUGAAUAAUCAGAGCCAGAGAUGUGGCUUCAUUUCAUCCCUAACAGGACUCUGGGCUAGUGAAGAGUGUUCAGUUUCUAUGCCUAGCAUCUGUAAGCGAAAGAAGGUUUGGCUCAUAGAGAAAGAGAAAGAUAUCCCAAAACAACAUGGAACAUGUCCCAAAGGAUGGCUAUAUAUUAACUAUAAGUGCCUUUUGGUGAAAAUCCCCAAAGACCCAAGGGAUUGGAAGAACUGGACAUCAGCUCAAGAUUUCUGUGUUGAGGAAGGGGGGACACUGGUCGCCAUUGAAAAUGAGGUGGAGCAAGCUUUCAUUACUAUGAAUCUUUUUGGCCAGACCACUAAUGUGUGGAUAGGGUUACAAAAUGGUAAUUAUGAAAAAUGGCUAAAUGGAAAGGCUGUGGCAUAUUCUAACUGGUCUCCAUUUGAUAUAAAUAUUCCAAGUCAUAACAUCACUGAAGUUCAAAAACACAUUCCUCUCUGUGCCUUGCUGUCGAGUAAUCCUAAUUUUCAUUUCACUGGAAAAUGGUAUUUUGAAGACUGUGGAAAAGAAGGUCAUGGGUUUGUUUGUGAAAAAAUGCAGGAUACCUCUGGACACAGUGUAAAUACAUCUGAUAUGUAUCCAGUCCCCAAUACCUUAGAAUAUGGAAACAGAACUUAUAAGAUAAUUAAUGCAAAUAUGACUUGGUAUACAGCAAUAAAAACCUGCCUAAUGCAUGGAGCAGAAUUGGCCAGCAUUACAGAUCAGUAUCACCAGUCCUUCCUCACUGUUAUCCUCAACCGGUUAGGACAUCCCCACUGGAUUGGAUUGUUCACUGCAGAUAAUGGUCUUAAUUUUGACUGGUCAGAUGGCACCAAAUCCUCCUUCACUUUUUGGAAAGAUGAUGAGUCAUCCAUCUUGGGUGACUGUGUUUUUGCUGACACCAGUGGACGCUGGAGUAGCACAGCCUGUGAGUCAUUUCUGCAAGGAGCAAUUUGUCAUGUACCUACUGAAACAAAACCAUUUGGACACCCAGAGUUGUGCUCAGAAACAUCUAUUCCCUGGAUAAAAUUCAAAAGUAAUUGCUACAGUUUUUCUACAGUCCUAGACAGUACGAGUUUUGAGGCUGCUCAUGAAUUUUGCAAAAAGGAAGGAUCUAAUCUUUUAACAAUCAAGGAUGAGACUGAAAAUUCAUUUCUCCUAGAAGAGCUUUUUGCUUUUGGUUCUUCUGUCCAGAUGGUUUGGUUGAAUGCUCACUUUGAUGGUGACAAUGAAACCAUAAAGUGGUUUGAUGGAACUCCCACAGACCAGUCGAACUGGGGCAUUCGGAAGCCAGAGGCGGACCAUGUCAAACCCCAUCUGUGUAUUGCCCUGAGGAUCCCCGAAGGAGUGUGGCAGUCAUCUCCAUGUCAAGAAAAAAAAGGAUUUAUAUGCAAAAUGGAAGCAGAUAUUCACACAAUAAAGGAGCACUCAAGAAAAGGACCAAGUCACAGCAUUGUACCUCUUGCGGUAGCACUGACACUGAUAGUAAUUCUGGCAAUUUCUGCACUUUCCUUCUGUAUAUACAAGCACAACAGAGGUAUCUUCAGGAGACUUGCAGGGUUUGGGAAUCCUUACUAUCCUACAACCAACUUUAGUACAGUACAUUUGGAAGAAAACAUUCUCAUUUCUGAUCUUGAGAAGAAUGACCAAUAACAAUGAGUCCAGAAAAUGCCACAGCCAUGAGGAUAAUAAGAAGACUAUAAGGGGAGUCUCCCCUCAUUUUCCUUACAGACCAGAUGCCACUAUAAUGUAAAUUGUGUCACUAUUUAAUUACUCUUAAAGUGAUUACUGGUUUUGAACUGUAACCAAAUCAGAUGUGUCUUGAUUUACUCAUUUCCCCAAACUGUGAUCUAUUCUUAAAAAGGGGAAGUUAUACAAUGGCUACUAUUCAGAAAACAAGAACUAUUAAAAAUAACUCCCUCUUCAAGACUCUCAAACCAAUGUGAAUGGCUUACUGAAACUUUAAAAGAAUUUUUAGCCUAAUCUAGCAUCUAUUCAGACAUUUACCCAUACUCAUUCCAUUAAAAGAGAGAGAGGGGAAGUAAAACAAAUUUCAAAACUCUAGACCUUAUACAAGACAAAAAGUUAAAGGCUUCUGAGAGGUUUUCUUGUUGGUUUUUUAAUUCAAUCAUUUUAACACAGGAUUUAGAAAACUAAUUUCUAAGCUUAAAACUCACACAUUCUGGUCUCUAAACUAAUAUUUACAGUGAUAUUUGUUUUUAUUAAUUCUGAGUUCUCAAACUAAAAAAGAAAAAUUACCUGUCUUUAAAUAGGAAAGACCUUGGUUAGCAGCACACUUUCAUAAGCAACCAUAUAAUGUGGCUUAAAAUCUUCAAUUACUGAAUGAUGACUACAUUUGAUGUUUAAAUAUAUAGAUAAACUUAAAGGAAUUUAUCAAAAUCUUACUAUUGUUAAAACUCAUGGUUUUUAUUAAAAACUAAAUGUUAAAAUAAUAUAUAACUCUCUUAACAAUUGAAAGAUAUAAAAUAUAAUUUGAUUUUAAAGGGGAAAAAAUGAAGAUCUGAAUUACAGUCCCAUUAGAACCACAAUAUAGGAUAUAUUGAGAAGUACUAAAUAAAUUACUCUCCAAUCAUAAUCUAGAUACCUUUGUUAUAUAAAUGAGUUUAUUUGGGGUAUUCUAUUUAGUAAAUUAUGGUUCUUAAGAACCAUCUCUGUGUUGGACUAGUUAGUGCAGUUGAUAAAUUAUGGUUAAUAGCAUAACACUGUAAAUUAAAUAUCAUAGAUUUGACUUUCCUACAUGAAUUUAUGAUAUGGGAAAGUGCUUUCAUAAUCAACAUUUAAAAGUUUACUGAGUACAUAAAUGUUUAUUGCAUUCCUACUAAGAACCAAGUACCAUUCUAGAAACUAGACAUAUUGUGGUGAGCAAAUUAAUGAGAACUCUUGUUUUUAUGUCACUUAUUUUCUGAGAAAAAAGUGAGAGCAAGCCAGUAAAGAAAUGCAUAAGUACAAAAUUCCAGGUGGUUAUGAAAAUUAAGUAAGGUCUUGUGAUAGAGAGGAACUGGGGGAAUCUCAGGGCCUCCCCUGAAGGUGCAUUUUAAUUAUAACAUCCAGUUGCCUUGAAACUAACUAGUAGCCACUAGUCAUGAGGUGGAGCUCCAGGAGAAAGUGUGAGUGAAUUGCUAAGUGAAAAACCAUCAUCAUUAGAAAUGUAAUUUAACGAGCAUACCCUAAGAAAGGAGUCCUUGUGGCCUGAAACAAUUAAUACAGCUUCCAAAAGCAGCUCUUUGUUACCGCUGUGUAACUUACACAUUAGGACAAUCUACUUCCAUAAUUUUUGUAAGUUUUAAGACUUCAUUUUUUAAAGGAUAUUAUAUUGUGUGGCAGUUGAAUAUUUAUCACUCAUAAGAAUAAUUGGCUUGAACUAACCAGGUGGUAUAAAAGCCCGAUUUAACAAUCUGUCAAAUGAAAUUAAAGUUCUGUUCUUUUCAGUGGGAUUGGUAAAAACUGCUAAUCAAUUAUCCUUCUAGUUGAGUUAUAUUGAAGUGGAAUAGUCACACGUAACAAUUUGACAAAGUAUGUCAUUAAUAAAGUGCUUUUGCAGAAAGAGACCAUACUUCUUGUCAAUGCUCUGUACUUUGCUAUUUAGUACUGAACUGCAUCUCUGGGGAAUCUGUCCCCAUGGACAAGAUCAUGCAGUCCUUCCCAUUACUGAAAUAGAAAGUAUUGAAAUAUUAUGUUUUAUUUAUAUAUGUGCACUUAAAAAAAGUUUUUCCACAUCUAUUUUUAAUCUGCACUAGAUUUCAUAGCUAUGGCAUGAAAAGCAAAGAAGCAUUAGGGUCAUAAACUCAUUCACACAUAAUUAAUGUGCCCCCCUCCAAAAAAAUCAAUUGUUAUCCAUGACUCUGGGUAAUGGAAAUCUUAGAUUUUACAAUUAAACAUAUCUUACACUUUUCCAAU